AUGGUUUUAACUUAUCAAAUAUAUUUAAAAUAUGAUCCAAAGAAUUUAUUGGAUGUAGAAUUAAAUCAUGUUCGAUACUGUGGAAAAUUGGAUUCUAUUCAAUCAUCAAAAUGUGCAUACUCUUUAGAUAAUAUAGAAGCAUUGGAGUAUUUCCUAUCAAUGAAUGUACCAACAUUUUUACCAAACUACACAAAUAAUAAAAAAAGAUUUUCAAUAUCAUCGAUUAAAUCAUUAGAAUUACUUUUAAAAUAUCGAGUAAAUAUCAUAGAACCAUAUAAUAUCAAUAUCAAUAAUAACAAUAAUAACACAACAGCAGCUUCAUCAUCAUCAUCACCAUCAUCAUUCAGUUUAAACAAUAUUAAUAGUAAUAGUUAUACAACAACAGUAGCAUUAGCAUUCAGUUUAAAAAAUAGUUAUAGUAACAAUAAUACAACAACAGCAGCACCAGAAUCUACAACAUUCAUUUUAAAAAAUAGUAAUAGUAACUAUAAUUUAAAUAGUAGUAUUAGUGAAUAUAGCAAUCUAAAUAAUAAUAGUAUCAGUUUAGCCCGAAGCGCAAGUUGUAGUAGUAUAAGCAGUUGUAAUAUUAAUGAUAGCAAUGGGAGUAGCGGUAGUAGCGGUUGCAACAAUAAAAACAGUAAUAGCUUUUUAAUUAAUAAUGAAAUUAAAUCACCAACAAAUCAUUUACUACUACAUUUAAAAACAUUAAAUAUCGGUAAUAUUCAAGAGGCAUUAGAUAAUUCAAACAUAGCAGACCACUAA